UUGCUUUCUUUCCCCCCCCCCCUCUUUCUUUCCUUGCUUUUUAGUUUUUAACCAUAUUUCCCACCUUUAUUUAUCUUUAUAUUUUCCUCUUCUCCUACUCCCACUAUUAAAAACUAAAAUAGUAUAAAUUAAUUAGUUAUAUUCCAUAUUAAUAAUCUUAUUAUUACUACUUCAUAUUAUAUUAAUUGAGAAAACACAAAAAUUGUUAAAACAUAUUAAUUUAGAAGAGGAAGAUGAACCAAGAGAUGAAUGGGUUUGAAGGAGCAGUGAAAGAGAUGAGAAUAGAUUAUGUGUAUAAAGUGGUAGUGAUUGGUGAUUCUGCUGUUGGAAAAUCUCAAUUGUUGUCAAGAUUUGCUAAGAAUGAAUUUUCUUUUGAUUCAAAGUCUACUAUUGGAGUUGAGUUUCAAACUAGAACUGUCUCCAUUAAAUCUAAAGUCAUCAAGGCUCAGAUCUGGGAUACUGCUGGCCAAGAAAGGUACAGAGCAGUAACAAGUGCGUACUACAGAGGAGCUCUAGGUGCAAUAGUAGUAUACGAUAUAACCAAAAGACAAACAUUUGAUCACGUAGCACGAUGGAUAGAUGAGCUCCGGGCCCACGCGGACAGCUCCAUCGUGAUCAUGUUGAUCGGAAACAAGGCCGAUCUAGCCGACAAGCGGGCAGUCCCCACCGAAGAUGCGGUGGAGUUUUCCCAAGAUCAGGGUCUAUUCUUCUCAGAGGCCUCGGCACUAAAUGGUGACAAUGUAGAGACUGCAUUCUUUAGGGUACUUGAACAAAUUUAUAGUAAUGUAACCUCUAAGAAAACCUUAGAUUGUGAUUCUCCUAAGUUGAAUGGUAAUGGUUCUGUUUCAUUCCAAGGCUCAAAAAUCGAUGUAAUCUCUGGGGCCGACCUCGAGAUCAGUGAGAUGAAGAAUAUGUCUUCAUGCUCGUGUUGAAUCCUAGUUCGUUUGGUUAAUUUGGACAAAUUUUUAUAGUGGCUAUGGUGAUCAAAGGAAGGUGUGAAUUGUGAAUGAUGAUUGAUCAAGAUUGUUAACUAAUUGAAUAUUGUGGUAAAAUGUUUACAUUUUGGGAGCAUGAGUAUUGCUUCACUAUGAAGUCCAUUUGAUCACUUGUGUAUUAUUUUGUUGUUAGAGUCUAUAACAUUUUAUAAGGUUUCAAUCAUCAAUUGAAGCUUUUGAUUAAUUUGCUUCUUUGAUAUGGUAUCAGAAGUCAGUGUGAUGAGAGAUUACUGGUUCAAUUCUCAACCAUUCCUCGUUUAAGUGAAAUAUUAAGCGUUAGUUAUGGGAAGGGCAUGUGUUAUCUA